AGAAGAAGAGGAGGAGGAGGGGGGGGCUUGAUAGAGAUUCCCAAUCCAGAAUUCCUUCUGUCCUCCAUCCAUCCCCUGCAUCACCGCUCUCUCUCCGCUCCACCAUCCUCCACUUGCCAUCGAGCGACUCUACUGGAAAACACAGAACGCCGCCUGGAGGGAGGGGGGGAAAAAAAAGGGUUAAACAGGAGGAAGAAAUAAGAAGAGAAAAAAAAAAAAAAGGAGAAGAAGAAAAAAGGCGAAAAGCGUCGGAGAAAGGAACGGGGCACGGAGAGCGAAGAAGGACUAAAAGAAUGAAGACGCCACUUCAGAGGGUGAACCUGGCCGGCGUGGUCCUCGCCGCGAUGCUGACACAAGUUCUCCUGGUUGAAUGCUCGGAGUUUGUCCCUCCCGAUGGUAAUUACACCGCCUGUCAAGGGGAUAACGUCACUCUCAGCUGUUCCAUCGAUGACCAAGUGACUCGAGUGGCCUGGCUCAACCGCUCCAACAUCCUGUACGCAGGCAAUGACAAAUGGUCCAUAGACUCCCGUGUCCGACUACUAAACUACAACAAGACCGAAUUCAGCAUCAUGAUCACUCAACUGGAUGUGGCGGAUGAAGGUCUUUAUACCUGCUCCUACCAGACCCAGGACAAGCCCCAUACCACACAGGCCUAUCUCAUAGUACAAGUUCCGGCCAGAAUCGUGAACAUCUCGUCCAGCAUCACCGUGAACGAGGGAAGUAACGUCAACCUCAUGUGUCUCGCUGUGGGCAAACCGGAACCGACCGUGACCUGGAAGCAGCUGAGAGAAGGGUUUUCCAGCGAAGGCGAACUCCUGGAGAUCACCGAAAUCAACCGGCAGCAAGCGGGAGAGUACGAGUGCAUCACGUCCAAUGGAGUGUCCAUGCCCGACAGCAAGAAAGUCAUUAUCACAGUCAACUACCCUCCAUUCAUCACUGAUGUGAAGAACGCUCAGUCGGCCACCGGGAAGCCGGCCGUGCUUCGCUGUCAAGCCUUAGCCGAGCCCCCAGCAGAGUUUGAAUGGUAUAAGGAUGACAAACGACUGGCUGCAGAAAUAGAAGGUGUGAAGAUCCAGAACGAGAGGACUUGGUCCGUGCUUCUGUUUUCAAAUGUCACCUCAAGGCAUUAUGGGAAUUACACAUGCCUGGCAUCCAAUAAACUCGGCUCAUAUAAUUCCAGCGUGCGACUACUCAAACCCGGCUCUGCCCCCAACCACAGCGUGACGUACACCGUAUCGCCUCUUCUCCUCGCCAUCGUGUCUUUCACGUUAGUCUCCCUGUUACGUACAAUCUAAAAGUUUUAAAAAAAAAAUACAGAAAAAAAAAAGAAUAAAGAAAAAAAAAUUAUUUCUGGAAAUAAAUAUCAAGACGGGCAGUGAAAAAACAACAACAAAAUUUACAUUACAGCGAAAACAUAAAGAAAAAAAACACAAAAGAUUACUAUUAUUAUUAUUAUUUUUUUUAGAUGGAAUCCAACACUGUGAGGGAACAAAAUUAUGCAUUUUUGAAAAACAACGCAUCAUUGACUUUCUGCGCCUUUACACAGGGGAGGAGAGAGAGGUGGAUUUUAUCAGUGUCGAAAAAAAAAAAAAGACUUUCGAGAGGCCCGAUGUAGGAAACGGCGAGACGCCUAGAGAGACAGUCGGAAAGGAUUCUUCUUCUUCUUUUUUAUUUUCGGGAGUUGGAGCGAGAAGACAGUGAUUGCCGAUCGAGAUGAACCUCAUUAGUGUUUUAGAAGACUUUAAAUUUGCAAUUUUGUCCCUCGCGGUGCUGAAGAGACUGCGACCAUCUUCAGCUCUGGGAGGGCAGAAGUCUUAAGUGUAGUUGCCCAAUGUACCUCAUUUCCUCAUCAUGGAUGGAUCUUCUCCAGCCACCCUAAAUGUUACAAGUCAACUCCCCUGCCUGACCCUGUGUCUCCAUCACCGUUACUGUGCCCAUGACCGUCCCCAAAAACCUUCACCAAAACCAACGCCGAUACUUCGAGUGAAGUACGUGUGGAAUUUAUACCCUACUUUAGACAUCUUAUACCUGGUUUGGACCUAGGACAUGAAGCGAGUGUGACAUAAGUACAGUAGAUGUCCUACUGGAUAAGGUCUUCUCCACGAUUUCUUAGAAGACCUUCCGGGCCUUCAUACUACAACAAGUUGGAUACAAUUAAGACUUAGUGGAUCGUCUGUGUUUUGUAACUGCAUCUCCCGUCCUCCGAACACGUGGACAUUGCAAGAGCGAGUUGGGUUUGGUUAGAGAACCUCAACCAUUGGUUGGGAGGAUUGGGUGAUGGGUGUUUUAUGGAUGUUGUACCCACCAUAUCAGGGACAGCAGGGAGAGUAUGCAACUAGAACCUAAAAUAUGAAAAUCUUGAGAUACGUAAGGGAUAAUGCACAGUCCCUUCUAGUUUCAUAUGCCUGUCAUUCAUCACCAGUGUCUGUGACAUUCUUUGUGGGUAUUAUACAGACCCUACGCCCCUUUUGUAGAUGAAAAAGAAGGGGAUCACAGGGCCUUGAGUAUUGUCUGACUGUUAGCUGUCUGUCUGCAUGGUCCUAUCACUGAUUGCAAGUCCCCAGGCCCGCCCUUACUCCCCAUUGCGUUAUGCUGACAUUGGAAUGGACUCAAUCCUUACGGCCUGUUAAUGUUUGUAAUUUGCACUGUGUGGAGAUCGAAGGGGCUUAGGUUAGCGAAAUUGUUGAGCUUCAGUUGUCCAUUAUAAUUUCUGGUUUCUGUAAUUCCUAUGAUCCCCUUCAAAAAAUGUCGUCUAUAAACCGCAAAAAAAAAAAAUUAUUAAAAAAAAUGCAGCCAAUAGGGGAUAUUCCCCUUUGCCCCGCCCCCUCAUCCUCCAUUAACUACUUAAAAAAAAAAAAAAACUUGGGCCCAGCCCCGAGCGUGUCUUUGUCCAGGCGUCUCUUCGUCCCAUUCACCUACCAUAACAGAUACACAGGAGGCCGAUGAGCAAAAAUAAAAAAAAACGGCCCCAACAAGAGCUUCCAAGAUGUGCGUCAAAGCAAUGCAUUCUGGGAUUUCACAUUCUUUGUACGUAAGUGCGUGCGGGGGAAGGGGUGUUUCGCAUUUCUGUUGGGGCAAACUUAUGGCUCAUCAUUGGAAAUUGUAGGCAGAUUAAUUUUUUUUUCUUUCAUUUAUCCGGGAUGUUUUUUGUUUUGUUUUUCUUUUUCUUUUUUGCAAAAAUGAUAAAAAAAAUACUUGUGAAUAUUGGCAACAAAUGUAUAAAGUGUUAUAAUAUAACAGAGAGAAAAACUCUA